AUGGGCAUCCCCGUUAGAGAGCACCGCGACUUUGCGACAACGCCUCCACCGCAUUGCGAGGCAGUGCCACACAUUUGGUCUCGCUUCGUCGACGCUUUCGUUGAUUUCGCCGUCGGGGGCCACGUGCUCGCGGGGCGUGCGAAAGAUUCGCCACGCUGGACUCAGCCUGUCCAAUCUGGAGCUUUUGACCCUGCCACUGACCAAUCAGGAUCUUCAAAUGUCGACAGAGCCGCAAAACCCGAGAUUUUGGAGUCAUCUGUGACCAGGGACCGGGAGACGAAUUCCGUCAAUCAGGCGGAUUCCGUCAGUCCAGGAGACACCGACGGGCCGCCUCCGUUAGCGACGGUGCUUCCGGCCGCAGAUCGCGUGGUGGCGAUCGGCGAUAUUCACGGCGACAUCUCCAAGGCGAGGCAGGCGCUUCGCACGGCAGGGCUGAUCGACGGCCAGGAUCGCUGGACGGGAAAAUCAACGGUUCUGGUGCAGGUUGGGGAUCUGCUAGAUCGGGGAGGGCAGGAACUAGCCGUUGUCUACCUUUUUGAGAAAUUAAGGCGGGAAGCGAGACAGGCUGGAGGCGCGGUGCACGUGUUACUUGGUAACCACGAGACGGGGAAUUUCGAGGGCUGGUUUCGUUACUCAACCAGAGAGGGCAGGAGAGAUUUUCAGAGAUGGGCAGCUUGGGAGAGGCUGGGGGUUGGUUUUCGGGCAGCUUGUGAAGGAGGUAGGGUUUCUCCCGACCCUCUAGCUUCUGUUUCCGAACGUGUGCGGCCGGAGCUUCGUGCACGAAUGGCAGCAUUAUCUCCGGGCAGCCCGCUCCUGCAGCGUUUUUUUGCGGGCAACCCAAGCGUACUUCGGCUGGGCAGUACAGUUUUUGUGCAUGGGGGUUUGCUGCCCGAGCACGUGCAGUACGGUCUAGAGCGGAUCAACCGGGAGGGGCAGGAAUGGAUACUUUCACCUGCCCGACGACCGGACGGGCUGCCCGAACGCGGGCCACAUUUUUUCCACACGAAAAACGCAGUCGUGUGGGUGCGAGAAUACUCCCAUACAGACCCUUCGAUCUGCGAUUGCAGGCUGCUGGAACGGACACUCGAGAUGCUUCCAGGCUCGAUGCGAAUGGUUAUGGGCCACACGAUUCAGCAGCCGGGCGGGAUCAAUGCUACUUGUAAAGGGAAGGCUAUUAGAGUGGAUGUGGGGAUGUCGGAGGGGUGCGGAGGGGCAGAAGCGGAGAUUUUGGAGAUUCGGAAGGAUAGAGAGGUGUGGGUGGUGCGGGCAGCAGAAGAAGCUGCUGGGAAGCCUCCUAAAGCGCAUGUUCUGGCUGGGACUGAAGUGCCUGCGGAUAAGCAUGGGUUUUGGGAGAAGCUGAGGGAAGCAAUGGGAACAAGAGUGGCGUAA